UUCUUCUGCAAAACUCAUUUGCGUUUGCCGUUGAAGGAGAAGAUUGCGCGCAUCGAGCGUAGCGCACGUUUACAAGAGAAGAAUAAUAAUCGCGAUGACGAAUCUUCCGGUCUGAGCCGAGACAUCAGUUUACCCGUUCCUCUUAAUAUCGCAGCACCUAAGGAUACCGAACCAUCGAGUGGCUCAUUGGUGCAGUGCACUGCGACACUCAGCUUCUUUUCUCCAGAGCAUCUUCGGGAUAGAACCGUUCAGAAAAUGCGAGACAACUUAAUGGGAGGUCCUAUCUCACCAGUUUCUGAAGUACCUUCCAUUGAUGACCGCACCCCUGAAAGAGCUGAGUUCAGUAAUCAUCUGCGGACAUCCAGUACAGCGUCAAACGCCGACCCAGUGCAACAUCAAGCGGAAUCGGAUUCAUUGAGUUCGUCUUCUGAUUUUGAGGCUGAAUUAGAAGAAUGUGGCAGGAGUAGUCCAGAAGCCUUUAUCGACGCUGAUGCCAGCAUUUCCGAAGAGGAAGGCGACGAGCUUGAAGAGGGCGAUCUUGAAGAACUUGAAAGAACAGUGCUGCAGUACUCUGAGGAAAAUCCAGACCGGCCUCUUACAGAGGAGCAGGUAGUAUCUGUCAUUGAAAGCAUCAAUCGUCGAAGAGACACACCUAUGAGUACACCCAGGGACUCAGCACCAUCAUGCCAAAAUGGUGACCGCCCUGCAUGGCCCGAUACUUUCUAUACUCCGUUGGAACGAUUUGCGCACGGUACUCAUGGUGAUGAACCUGGCGGUAGUGAACUAUCUCCAGAUUCACCUCCAAUCAAUAAUGUGGAGCCCGACGUUUUCUCUACCCCAUCGGAAGCAUUACUGGCCAAUGACAUUAAGAAGAAAAAGGCUGACGAUCUGGAGCGUCUGCGAACGGAGUCUCGAUUAAAAGCUAGGUUGAAGACUGAUGAAGAACUCGGACUAGAAAGCGCGAAAGAAGAAAGAAGAUCGAUGCCAGUGACUGAUUUUGCAACUCCUAUAUCUGCUCUCCCUGCUGCUACCCAACGUGAUGAACGCAUGGUGAAAGAAGAAGGCAAGGAAAGAGUAGGACGUCUCCCUGAAAGACAUGCGCCUGGUUUGCUCUCACGGCUGUUAAUUCCGGAAGCGACGAGUAAGACUCAGCCGGCAAACCGUUUUAACCCUAACGAUGUGGUGCAUUCCGAGAGCCGCAAGGAAACCAGCAUCCUCGCCAAUUCGUUGCGACGCUUCAAGAUGAGGCGCGCCGAAGUUCAUUCAAAAGAUGUCCAGUCGUCUUCGUCUGCAAGCUCAACGUGUACAUCUCCUCAUCCAACUAAUGCUCCGUCUGGUGCAGAUAUGGAAAACCGUGAAGUACCAUUUGCAGCUGUAGCUCCUUCUCCUCGGUUGGACGCAGAUGAAGGUGAUUCAUCUCCACAUAUAUCCGUGAAUGAGCGAAAUAUUCGACUUUUUCACAAAAGAGCUGAGAAGAUUAGAAGACAACAUGACGAUGAGCGCCGUCGCGGAGCGCAAGAAAUUCAACGCGGUUUACAAGAGUGCGAAAUACGGAUGGAGGAGAUAAAGACAAUCGGGCAAUCCCUAGAACUGAAGCUCAUCGAAGAUCCUGAAAACGCAUGGGCAAUGGACUCAUGGUUCGCUCUAGUCCAUGAGAGGGAGCUCCUAAAGAGCAAGGAAGAAAUGCUGCGCCUUAGCAAAAGAGAGGUUGAACUUGAAGUUAAAUAUCGAGAUCUGAACCUGCGUUUCAAGCAGCUGGGUGAAGGAAUGAACGAUAACCUGACUGCAAAUAGUGAUCUUCUCGCGGCGAUGUUGGCAGUUGUUGAGGAAAAGAAGGAAGUAAACAGGUUAUGCGAGAAUGCCAAGCAGAGCUACAAAAUGAUCAACGCGAACAUGAAAGCAUUGAGAGAAAAAGGUCGAAAUUUCGAGAGAUUCAGACCUGUGUUUUCUUCGCAGUGA